AUGCAAUUAUUAUCUCUAAACUCAAAUAUAUAAAUUGAGGAAAUUCAAACCGAUAAGAAAUAUUAAGAUGAUACCAAACAAUUACUAUAAAUGGUAUGCUAUUUCAAUUACCCAUUAGAAGGUCUAAGACUUUCACAAGAAAAUGUAAAAAGAGAGGAAUGAAAAAUUAUUUAAAAAAAAAAGAUCAAUUGCUGUUUAGCCUCCAAUUUUAUAGGACGAUCAACCCUAUCCUUAUUUACUUGAUGAAAAUGAUUUUGAAGAUGAAGAAACUUAUCAUAUGAACAAUUUUGAAGAAAUUCAAAAGGAACUCGAAGCAUUUUACUUUUAUUAAAUUUGA